AUGAUUCUAGGCGAUGGUAUGGUUGUACAUCGUGACAACGAAAUUAAUAACUGCAAAAUACCUUUUAAGUUCACGCCAGAAAAUAUGAAGCGUAUAGAAGUGAUAAUUUCAAAAUAUCCACCGGAAUAUAAGUGUGGUGCACUUAUUCCUGUGUUAGAUUUGGCACAGCGACAACAUGGAUGGUUACCCAUUUCGGCAAUGCAUGAAGUUGCUCGUAUCUUGGGAAUUGCACGGAUGCGAGUGUAUGAAGUGGCCACUUUUUACUCGAUGUUCAAUCGGAAACCAAUGGGAAAAAAUUUUGUGCAAGUCUGUGGGACAACUCCAUGUAUGCUUCGUGGUGCUGAAUCAAUUAUGGAAGCUAUUACCAAAAAACUUGGUAUCAAAGUUGGUGAAACAACGAAAGAUGGCUUAUUCUCAUUGGCUGAAGUAGAAUGUCUUGGUGCAUGUGUUAAUGCACCUAUGAUUCAGAUUAAUGAUGAUUAUUACGAAGAUUUGACACCGAGAGAUAUCAGUGAUAUUCUGGAUGAAUUGAAAGCAGGUAAACGACCAAAGCCUGGCCCACGAAGUGGUCGUACAGCUGCGGAGCCAAUCAACGGGCUAACAACGCUUACAACACCACCAAAACCUCCUGGUUUUGGUUUUCAGCCGGGCAUUUGA